CUGUCCCAAAACAUACCCCUCCACAAAGACCGACCCCUCCACAAAGACCGACCCCUCCACAAAGACCGACCCCUCCACAAAGACCGACCCCUCCACAAAGACCGACCCCUCCACAAAGACCGACCCCUCCACAAAGACCGACCCCUCCACAAAGACAGACCCCUCCACAAAGACCGACCCCUCCACAAAGACAGACCCCUCCACCAAGACAGACACCUUCACAAAGACCGACCCCUCCGCAAAGACAGACCCCUCCACCAAGACAGACCCCUCCACCAAGACAGAUGCCAGACCUGGCACCCCUGGGUCUGGCACCAGCCCCCAUCCCAAAAAAGGAGGUACGUUAUACAACACCUGGCCUGUGCUCAGAACAGCUCAGAGACCCACUGGGUUAGACAUCCAGUGUGAGGUGUACAGUUUGGUAGCUGUUGAAGCUAAUUGUCAUGUGAGGGGAGAACCAUUCAGUGAUUCAUAUCUGUGGACUGGUGAAAGGUUUCUAUAAUUUCUCAGACUAAUCUAAUGGAUCUUCAGUCAUUACAGACCCAAUCAGACAGAUGGCAGUGGGUGAACUACAAAUCUUCAUUUGUUGAGGGGAGGGGUGGGCGGUAUGGAGGAGGUGGGUAGGGGAGGGAUGAAGGGGGUGUAGUGGGGCCUUGUGUUGGGACAGGACCUCCAGGCUCAGUGGGUUUUUGUGAACCUUCCCCAGCAUGUCUCUCCAGACUCCAGCCCUGGCUGUAAGACCCCAGCCCUGUCUCUCCAGUCCCCAGGCCUGGCUGUAAGACUCCAGUCCUGGCUGUAAGACUCCAGUCCUGGCUGUAAGACUCCAGUCCUGGCUGUAAGACUCCAGUCCUGGCUGUAAGACUCCAGCCAUGUUUGUAAGAUUUCAGCUCUGUCUGUAAGACUCCAGCCCUGUCUCUUCAGACUCCAGCCCUGUCUCUUUAGACUCCAGCCCUGUCUCUUCAGACUCCAGCCCUGUCUCUUCAGACUCCAGCCCUGUCUCUUCAGACUCCAGCCCUGUCUCUUCAGACUCCAGCCCUGUCUCUUCAGACUCCAGCCCUGUCUCUUCAGACUCCAGCCCUGUCUCUUCAGACUCCAGCCCUGUCUCUUCAGACUCCAGCCCUGUCUCUUCAGACUCCAGCCCUGUCUCUUUAGACUCCAGCCCUGUCUCUUCAGACUUCAGUCCUGGCUGUAAGACUCCAGUCCUGGCUGUAAGACUCCAGUCCUGGCUGUAAGACGCCAGUCCUGGUUGGUAGACUCUAGUACAGGAAUUUCACCCUUCGAUUGUGGUGGUGGGAGGAAAGAGUGGUUGCUAUGGUGACAGCCGGGGCUCUUGCUGCAGGGCCCUCUCAGGUUGGCAGAGAAAACGCAGCAUACAUAUUACAUAGCAUGGGGCUCCAGAAAAGGAGACUUUGGUUACCCCAGGGCCCUGUUUCCAAUGCAUACAGCUUAAUCAAAGUAGAGCAGUUCCAUAGUCACCGUCACCAAAAUACACGCCUAGCCUGAAACAGGAUUAGAAAUUAAUACAAUAAAAUCCUUCAUCUUACGCUGUUUGCAUUUAUCAAAGUGUAUCAGGGAGGACGUUGAUAAUUGCUGCAGACAGGAAAUGCAGAAAAAUACAUGGUGUACAUCCCAAAUGGCACCCUAUUCCCUAUAUAGUGCACUACUUUUGGUCAAAGGUAGUGCACUAUAUAGGGAAUAGGGCGCCAUUUGAGGCGCACACAUGAACACAUGAGUUCCCUUCUGGUUCACACAGCAUUGUUCAACUGUUGAGGGAAUAACAUUAUAGCAUCGCAGCGGGAGAUGUAGCUUCCUGACCUUCAUCUUGAAUAUAUGUAUGAAAUCACUCUCUAGUUUAGAAUUGAUACAGGAAUUGUUUCAAGUACGUGACCUCUCUCAUACUAUGAUACUCUACAUGACAGGUGUGAUCAGCUGUUUGGUGCACUGGGACUCUGCAGUGCAUUGAUAUUUUUAGGUAAAAAUAAAUGUAUAACUGAUGCAUAGUUAUUUUUUUCUCUCUGCCUAGAUGGGUUGACGACAGAGCAACGACACAAGCUGGCGAAGGAGCGGAGGGAGGAGAGGGCCAAAUACAUUGGUAAGCCCUAAAGGAAAAUAAGCUAUAGAAAAAUGUGUUUUCUGUUAUCAUGUGUGACAUGUUGGGCUUGCCUGGUGUGGAGGGAAAAUAGACUUAUCUAGUCUUGUCUAGGGGUGCGUCCCAAGUGGCACCCUAUUCCCUAUGGGUCCAAUGGUCAAAAGUAGUGCACUAUAAAGGGAAUAGGGCACCACUUGGGUUUUUGACACAUUUGGUAUUUUAUUAGGAUCCCCAUUAGCUGUUGCAAAAGCAUCAGCUACUCUUCCUGGGGUCCACACAGAACAUGAAAGAUGACAGUGCAGAACAUUACUAGACAACAACUCAAGGACAGAACUACAUUAGUUAAUUUUUUACAAAAGGCACACGUAGUUUACAUAUCAAUACAUACACACAAACUAUCUAGGUCAAAUA